AUGGAAACCCCACAGCGUUCCUCACUUGGCACUUCAUGUACACCCCCCUCUUUCUGGAACGCGAAACCAAUUGAAAGCUCUUUCAUGUCAACUGGGCUUCUUUCUAAACGAAACAAGCCACGGCUCGCAGAGAAGAACAAUGUUUUUACGGCGCCGCGUACUCCUUGUAAAAAACUUGUGCAUCAACACUCACCUCUAUUUUCGAGGUUUCCUCUAGCCAAUAGUAAUAGCAAUAAUAUUAACAACGACAAUGGCAGGAAUAAAAAUAAUAAUGGGCUUUUUUGUGUUUCUUCGGAGACUCCGGGUUGUGCUGCGCCAAAAACCCCUCAUGAAGCUUCAACAAAAGCUUUUAUGGAUAAAUUCUCUACACUUCAAACACCCUCCUUAUUUCGAGAGGAAACUAAUGAUUCACCAUUGUCGCCAACUAUACAACAUAAAAAUUGGGAAAACUCAUCACCUUCUUCACCUUGUCCGUAUUCUCCAUCGAUUGGGAGUUCUAGGCAAUUGGAUAAUUCAUUCUUUUACGGACAAUCCCCAUUAUUCUCUCGCAAUUCUCAUUAUUCUACAUGCCAAACGCCAUUAAAAUAUGAUAAUAGUCAACCUAUAGGCACGCCAUUAUGCGGAUAUUCCACAUCAUCUUCAACAUCAUCACCCUACACAGAUGGGCCUUCAUUACAACCAAUUUCCGUGGCAUCUCCAUUUUCUGAUCGAUCCCAAUUAGGAUCAACUGGAAAGGUCUCGAAUUUCUACAAUAGAAUAUAUGGAAAUCAAUAUUUGGACUCUCCCAGAAAGGAUUCAUCCACCCUUCGUUUUCUGAAUAGAGAGUAUUUUCAAUCAUUGGGACAUGAAAAUGAUACAUUAUCACCUGAUCCUAACUCUAAUGAGGAUUAUUUUCAUAAUCAAUUCGAUCAAAUUACUUCAUUGGGUUCCGGAGAAUUUUCAUGGGCAUAUAAGGCUCGAGAUAAAAAAUCAGGUCAUUUUUAUGCCGUCAAAAAGAGUAAACGACGAUUCACCGGCAUUAAAGCAAGGAAGGAAAGUUUAGAAGAGGUUGAAAUACUUUGGAAAAUUGGCAAACAUAAACAUUGCGUGGAACUUAUUUCUGCAUGGGAACAAAAGGAAAUUUUGUAUCUUCAAUUUGAGCUAUGCGAGCAUGGCAGUCUAUAUUCUUUUAUCGAAGAAUUCUGUACACAAGAACGACUUGAAGAGACACGUAUAUGGAAGAUACUCACUGAUAUUGCUCUGGGAUUGAAACAUAUUCAUAGUAAUGAUAUAAUUCAUUUGGAUAUAAAACCGGCGAAUAUAUUUAUAGAUGGAGAGAAAAACCUGAAAAUUGGUGAUUUCGGGUUGGCGACUAAAUGUCCAGCGCCACGUGGUAUCGAAAAAGAGGGUGAUCGAGAGUACAUCGCAUUAGAAGUACUAAACGGUUAUUAUGAUAAACCAGUCGACAUAUUUAGUUUCGGGCUGUCUAUUUUGGAGCUCGCUGCCAAUAUCAUAUUACCUGAUAAUGGUCCAGAAUGGCAAAAACUUCGAGCGGGAGAUUUAUCAGAAUGUCGAUUCGGUCUAGUCUCCAACACUCUUAUACGGUUAAUUCAAAGUAUGUUGAAUCCAAUGCCGUCGCAUCGACCGAAAAUUGAUGACAUAUUGAAACACCCUGUGAUCGAAGGCAUUAUUACAAAUCGAGCAUCUGGUGUGUUAAACAAGGGCACUCUAGAAGUGGAGGACCAAGAAAUCGCACAAAAGUUUAUGGAUGUUAUCGAAACAUGUCAUGAAUAA